AUCGGCACCGGAAACCUUACUAAUGUGCUCUAAGCGCGAAACGCAGAGAAAACAGUGGGUGUAUCAAUUCGAGUCUCGCUGGCCGUUGUCUUCAUCUUCUCGAGAUAUAUAAGCCAUACGUCGUCCUUUUUGCCCGCGCAUACCCCGCACCACCAUGGCUGCCCCUAAGAUUAUUCUGUAUACCAACCAUGGAUGCCCGUGGGCUCAUCGGGCACAUAUCGUACUCAAGGAGCUGGGUCUCCAGUACGAGGAGAUCAUUAUCGACCUGAACAAGCCGCGAGAGCCUUGGUACCUUGAAGUCAACCCGCGUGGUCUCGUUCCUAGUAUCUCGUACAACGGCAACAUCAUCACCGAAUCCGGAAUCGUCGCUCAGUUUUUGGCUGAUGCUCACCCCUCGCACCUCCUCCCGCAAUCUACCCCCGUUGAGAACGCCCUCUACCGUGCCCGUCUGGCCUUUUUCGUCGAUGCCGUUAUGAGCAAGGUGGUGCCGCACAUGUGGACUGCGAUCCGUUCGGCGUCAACCGAGGAGAAGGAUGCUGCAGCAGAGGCAUUGGUUGACGCAGCGGUCAAGGAGGUCGAGCCUCUUCUGGUGGACGGAAAGGGCCCCUUCUUUGGUGACAGUGACCGUCUGACGUUGGCAGAGGUUCAAACUGGCUCUUUCCUGCUUCGCAUCCUAGCCUUUGCUAAGCCCGAGCACGGCCUUCUCAGCCCCAAGCUCUUCAGUCUGCUGGACAAAGCUCCCAAGUUCAAGCGUUGGGCCGAGGCCACCGUGCAGCAUGAGAGCGUCAACUUCAUCUUUAACGAGAAGGCAGUCGCGGACAGGACCCGCGCCAAGUUUGCCCCUAAGGUUUAACUGAUGUCCAAUUUCAAGAUUCAGCGGAGAAGCAUUGAUUCCCUGUAGCGGUUUGGUUUUGCGGUAUGUGGUGAUGACGGGAUACGAUCCACUCGUAUGAUCCCAGGACUUGCUCAGAAGAGACGUAUGUUGUAAAGCCAGGAUAUUGGCAACGGGUCCAAUACAAGCGUAUUAUAUUUCCCCAAUAAAUCUGCAGGAUGAUCCAACGGGACUUCCAGGAGAGAUAGAUCGAAGCGCCAGUCUCAUCUUCAAGAUCAUAGAUAUUAUUUUGAUAGAAACACAGGAUCUUCUAGUAUUGCUGUCUCCAGUGUCAGCUCUCAUCUUGCAUAGAUACUCCGCCUUCCCAAGUAAGCAAGUCUCCGCCACUCGGCAACCUCAAAAUGUGCCGAACUUUAUCGCCG